AUGGAACCAUCUACUCCUGCUCCUAGUAUGGUAAUGCCCUCCGGUCAUGAGUCCGCUACUGAUUUGAUGACUCUGGAACCUUUUACAGCACCUUUUUCUGACGCGAGCAUGGAAGAGUUGGAGUUGUCAAAGCAGCUCCGGCUUCGCAGGGUCAACCUGCCGCCGACGACCUGCAGUAAUCUCGUCCCAAGCUUGAUUGAACAAUCGACUAGAGCCGGGCGCAAUGUCGACACUGUUCUGUCUGCAGGUGCUGCACAUCAAGCUCCCGCCCCUAUUGCCGGACGUCGCCGCGAGGGCGCGACCGCUUCCCUUCCCAGAGACAUCUCUGUACCCUCCAGCCGUAGUAGUCUGGCUCAUGGUUACGCCCAUGCUGGAUUUACUCGUCCUCCUGUUCGUACCGCUGUCGUUCGGUCUGACGAUGUUGCUAGUCGCAUUGGCUUUGCUGGCCCGCAUCACUCUGCCAACGCUCUCGGCUACCACGGAUCGUAUACUUCGAACGGCGCUGCCAUGUUCAGUCGAUCUGCCGGAUAUACGAACCCCGACCACUCUGAAUUCAAAGGAACCGGCACCACCACUAAUUCAGCCGGGCUUGUCGGCCCUGGCAAUCUUGCACGUUGGAAAGGCGCUGAAUAUGUCAGAAAUGGAUGCUCCUUUCUCUCUCACAGUCAUCCGCCCGCUCCCUCCGCUGGCGCCCCUGAUCACGGUCCAAAUGUUGAGACUAGAGGCCUAUUUGGACGUAUUCAAAGUUCCAACGGGUAUCCCGCCUCCGACGCCCUCCGGGACGCAAUCAAUCUGAAAAGGUCCACGCCAACAAAUGCCGAAAGAGCCCUGACCACGAAACAAAGCACUCGCCAACUCAGCCUCGCAGCGACGAGCGCUGUGACCACGGGCACACAAGCCUCCGGCUUCGUGCCCAUGCGGGCCGUCACCCACCCAGGCGUGACAGGCAGGGACGUCACGCCAACGCCGCUCGGGAGCCAGGCCGUCAUCAACCUCAAAUUCUCCCCCAACUAUCGCGGCAUGCACACCGAGGCCAACGCCAGCGCAGACCACCUCCGGCCCGACCAGAACUGCUCCCUCUGGAUCACCCAGCUGCCCCCCGACGUCAAAGUCGCCGAACUCUUGGGUAAGAUCCGCGACGUCGGCCGCGUCUACGCGACCGUCCUCAGCCCCCCGGACGGAAUCAAGCAUCCCAAGUCGGCUGCGAAGCUCGUCUUCUUCAGGCCAGCCGGGGCCCAGAGGCUGCUCGCUAGCGCAAACAGCAAUCCCCUUGUUAUCCGUGGGCACAGGGCACAGAUCGUGCUCAACAGGACCAAGUGCGGUUCUCAGAGCACCGAAAAGGGCGAGUCGCGCGUGCUGAUCAUCACGGGACACAAGAGUUUUGUAAACGAAAGCAGUCUGACGACGUAUUUUGAAAGGAAUUUCGUGUUCCAGAUUGACAAGGUGAGGACUUUGACCGAGUUUGAAGACCGCGUGGUCGUCGAGUACCGGUUUGGUAGCUAUCGCUGCCAGUCACAGAUGGGUCUCAAGGCAUUGCUGGAAGAUCGACCGAGGGGCCUUGAGAUGGUUGAAUUUGGUGCCGACCCCUGCGAGGUCGGCAGCGACGCGGCCUCGUCUACUGUUGCUGCUGCGAGGGUCCGGGGGAUAGGGCUGUACAUGCCUGCCCUCCGAGGAGGAGAUGGGUCCGGUCGAAACGGGAGGAUGGUGGGAUAA